CAGGGAGAGGGAUAUAAAAGGGGCAUUUGGGCAAGAGGAUACUCAGCGUGGUUUGUGCCCUCCAAGCAUCACCUCCCUCGUCCUCUUCCCUCUCCACCAUGAAGACCCUCGCCAUCCUUCUCCUUGCCGUGUCCACCGCUACCGCCCUCACAGUGGUAGCGCCCUUUAACGCCUUCGGGGCACAGGGACGGUCGGCAGGAGGCGCUUUGGGUGCUGGAGGUGCUACUGGUGGUGCUGUUGGCGCUGGUGGUGCUGCUGCUCCCCCUACACCAGUAAAUUACGGGCCAAAGGUUUACGGAGCUGGUGCUAAUAAUAUUUACGCCAUGCCGCCUCAUCCCUUCGUCAUGCAGAGAGCUGUCGCCAUCGCCAACAGUAUUCCCAACCUCCUGGUGCGUUUGGACAUCGACGGAGAGGUCACGCUCACCAACCAAUUCGGACAGGACGUUGACCAAUUGGUAGAUCAGUUCGGCAGGGAGAUCGAUCUGGAACUGUAGACAUGCAGCUCACGGGACCCCCAAAACAUGAACCAAUGUGUACUGUCACUUUACACUUGGUUUAGCUUCCAUGAGGUUUAAACCCUUAUUCAGAAACGCUUUCUCUCUCAAUACGACGAUUUUUCAAGGCCACAGAGACAACUAGCGGGUUUUUCAAGACAGUUUCUCUUUUCAGUCCACUAGAAAUCUUGCCAGUCUAUCACCAGAGCUAUAAAACUACCCUUAAAAACACGAGUAUCUUCAACUGGAGCCUUGGGAGAGCAGUGAUGGGGAGAGAGCAAAGCGUUUUAGAAUACAGGCCUUAAAACUACAUUAUUACGAAAUGUGUAUAUAGUUUCCAUUUUUUUUUUUCUAUCUCUCUGUCUCUCGUUGUUAUUAUAAUUAUCGUUAUUAUUAUGAAGAUUCACGAUGCCAAACCUGAUCUAAGGGACAUAAGCUGCUCUCCCCUUCCCUUUCUUUCCCCUCCCUUCCCCUUGCCAGCUGAUGAGGGGAGGGGAGGGGUGUAGGUGAGGGCUGGUGUGUCUCCCCCCGCACCCUGACUGUUCCUCUCUCCUGUGUUGUUCUGGCUACUCAAUAAACUGUUCCCAAAUUGA